AUGGGGGCCCUCGACGAAUCAACACCAGUACCAUCUAGAAUAACCCUGCAUUUGAUGAAGCAGAAGAAAAAAAGUGCAUUCCAAGGGUAUUCUUUACUAAAAAAAAAAAGUGAUGCUUUAUUUAUUCAUUUUAGAGAUGUAUUAAAAGAUAUUGUAAAGACUAAAAAUAAGGUUGGAGAAGAUAUGAGGAAUGCUUCCUUUGCAUUAGCAAAAUCUGUGUGGGCUGCUGGUGAUUUUAAAGGUCAAAUUAUUGAAGGAAUAAAAAGACCAGUUGUUACCUUAUCAUUAUCUACUAAUAAUGUUGCUGGUGUUAAAUUGCCUAUAUUCCAAGUGCACAUAGACCCUACUGUUGAUGUACUUGGCAACUUAGGGGUUGCUGCAGGAGGACAAGUUAUUAAUAACACACGAGAAAAUUAUUUACAAUGUCUAAAUAUGCUAGUAAAAUUGGCAUCUAUGCAGGUCGCUUUUUUUUCACUCGAUGAAGAAAUAAAAAUGACGAAUAGAAGGGUAAAUGCUUUGAACAAUAUUGUGCUACCUCGAUUAGAGGGAGGAAUAAACUACAUUAUUAAAGAAUUAGAUGAAAUUGAAAGAGAGGAAUUUUACAGGUUAAAGAAAAUAAAGGAAAAAAAAACUGAAAAUUUAAAUGAUGCAACUGAAGACCAUGCCCUACCGGAUAAUGGUGGACACAAACAUGUAAAAGUGACGAACAAUUAUGCAAAUAUCCAAGCGGAUGAUGACGUUAUAUUCUAA